AUACUGUUUUAGACGAUUCGAGAAUGAAGUGAAAGCCAGAAUCAAAACUCUUAUCACACAAACUACAGCUUCUCUGUAUAGAAGAGGCGAUGGAAGGAGGAGAGAGAAGAGUAAAGCUGUAUUGCCCAUCCCUACCCAAAGCAAUCGAAAUAGUUGCAGUAGAUGACCAGAAACUGGACCUCGGGUCCAUAGCCCGCGCAUUCGGGCUCGACCCGAACACCCUCAAGCUCAACGGCUACUUCAUCGCUACAACCCCCCAUCACAUCGCUUCUUCUCUAACCUGGAACUCUCUUCUUCGUUUCUUCACCGCCCGUGGCUUGCCCUCCGGCGCUGCCCCUCUCCUCGUCCACGGCAAGAUUUGCUCCAAAAGAUCCCACCAAGUUGAAGAUGCUGCAGAUGUCACCAGAGAUAGUAAGAGGCACCAUUGCAGCACUAGUAGCAAUCCAGGUAAUCUCAACAAAUCUAGUGGGUUGUGUCUGAAGAGAGAGUGGGGGUUGGAAGACGAAAGUCAUGUGAAGAGAGCAAGAUCAGAUGAAGGCCAGUUUUCGUGCAGUUUUAUCAGCAGAAACUUGAAACGAAUGCGAAUUGAUGAGAUCGUUGCUGCUACACCUUUCAAGAAACUAAGAUAAGUAGAACCUGAAAAUUGCCAAUUGUUUGCUUCUGUUGUAAAAUGAUGUGUGUGCGUGCUAUGAAACUAUCAUCUUUUGAUAUAUGACAACAAAUCUAUGGUACUGGAAUA